AGCAGAAAAAAGUGAGCGUGAGUGCAUGAAAGGCAGAGAAGGGGCUGGGGAGCAGCCGGGACACUAAAGCCCCAGAGAAAGUAGCUUCAGAUUUCAUGAGCUAAGGGCAAAAUUUGAAGACAAAUAGAUUAGUAAAGGGAAUCGAGCGAUGACGAAGAGCAGGAAAAUGUGAUGGUGUGAAAGUGUGUACAACGCUGGAAACUUUCAUCAGAGGAUUUGUAAAGCUGAGGAGGAAGGGAGGACGUACAUAAAAGACAACCACACCAACUCUCUGUCAGCAUUCAUUCACCACAGGAGAGAAAUAAUGGACCUGCCCUGGACUCUUCAUGUGCUCGGACUUCUCUGUUUCCUCACCUCUGUUGUCUGGUCAUGUCCAGAUAGAUGUGUGUGUCAAGGGACAAAAGUCUUUUGCAGUGGCCUCUCAGACUUCCCCAAAACGGUGUCCUCAACAAGUGCUGGCCUGUACUUGUCCAACUGCAACAUCUCCUUUCUGAAACCAGAGGACCUGACUGAUCUCUCUAAUACUCUCAGCAUCUUUGUGGUUAUAGACACUGGUCUGAGGGAAGUGCACCCUGGAACAUUUGAUUCCACUCAAAACAUAGGAGCUUUAGGGUUUACCGGCACAGAACUACAAGAUCUCCCUGAGGCCUUGUUCAAAAAUCUGCUGAAGCUUGAGUCUAUGAAUCUGAAGAGUAACAAACUACUGGUCCUCCGCCCUAAUUGGUUUUCAACAUUGACAGCUCUUAAAAACCUGGACCUUAGUAAGAACCAAUUCACUUCUGUACCUGUGGAAACUUUUCAGCCUCUCACUGAGCUGCAAUACCUUUUACUGUCUGGAAACAGUAUUAGCCAAAUAUCUAGAGAGACAUUUAAGGGUCUCUCUAAACUGCAAACAUUACGCCUUAAUAAAAAUGUAUUAAAGGAGUUCCCCUUAGGCAGUUUGGAUGACCUUGGCAACCUACAGGAGCUAUCACUACAAGACAAUCAAAUCACUCAUCUCCACCCUGAUCUAUUCUCUAAGACUUUGAGACUGCAGAAGCUCUUCCUCUCCAAGAACAGGCUCACAUCUCUUCCACAAGGGGUUUUCCUAAACCUGCCCCUGCUUUCCCAGAUCUCCCUUUAUGAUAAUCAGUUAGAGAGUCUGACACCAGGGGUAUUUGGGCCAAUGGCUCUGCGGGAGUUGUGGUUGUAUGACAAUAAGCUGAGUCGUGUGGAAGACGACACAUUCAGGAACCUGACCCAGUUGCGGCUCUUGGUGCUUAGUCGUAAUCACAUUAGCCAUGUAUCCACCUGGGCCUUCAGAGGGUUGGAACAGCUGGGGGAAGUUUCGCUUCACACCAAUCUGCUCAAAAAACUUCAAGCUGGGACUUUCCAAGGUUUGCCCAGUCUGGUGAACAUUUCCUUAGAGCACAACUUCAUUAGCUCCCUCCCUUCAGGUUUCCUUCAGGGCCUGAGCCACCUGGGAGAAAUCGACUUGAAAAAUAACUCUCUUCCCAACCUACCACAGGAGACUCUAGAUGCCCUAAAUGUGGCCCAGGAAGUACUCCUGCAGCAGAACCCCUGGAACUGUAACAAAGAUAUUCUUCCACUCAGAAACUGGCUGAGACAGAAUCCAUCAAAAACCAACCAAACUCUGGUUGUAUGUGAAACACCUUUCAGUCUGAAUGGUGAGGUAAUCGCUCUGCUGGCAGACGAGAACUUGAUGCCUCUCAGCACUACUGAGGAGCCUGCAUGGACGUCGACAGAAAAAAGGAAGAAACCCCACACCCCUCCAACCAGACGAAGUACCUCCUCACCUUCAGUCAAGACCACCCCCACCUCAGAUCACGAGGAAGUCACCAGUGGCGGACAAGGACAGGGGGAAAAUGGAACAGUGUCAAAUGACACUUCAAUCAUUCUCAUCAUCAUCGCAGUCGUGUCCACUGUCAUCAUCAGUACCGUCAUCAUUUGCUGUUUGUGCUGGAGACGGAAUAAGAAAGGCAGGGGAGAUUUAAGCCGCAGAAAUAAGAACUCUGUGCUGAUGUUGAGGGGAGAAAUUGUUGUUCUUUUUCUGUCUUUACUGUUUGAGACUUCAUCAACUCAAAACAGUCAAAAGACGGACGCAAACAAAGAAGUUUUUGGUCCAGAGACGAAGGAAAUCCCAAAGGUCCUGCGACCAGGUGUGACAGAGCUUUUCUUUGCGGAAAGUGAGAUCAAUACAAUACCCAAUGAAGCCUUUGUUGAACACCCAUUUCUGACAAAGUUGGAGUUUAUGAACACCAACACGACUAUUAUUGGGCCGGAAGCUUUUGCAGGCUUGGUUAACCUCACGCACAUUAAGAUCUCCAACAAUCUACUUACAUCAAUCCCAACGGGAGUCUUUAAAGACCUCCGUAACUUAGUGACAAUUUCACUGGGAUUUAACAAACUGCGUUGUCUGGACAAAGGCUUAUUUGACGGCUUAAAAAAAACAAAGGAACUCAUGCUACAUGGGAACCAGAUCCAAACUAUUGAAGACGGGACUUUUGAUGAUCUUGAGGACCUUACACUCCUCCAUUUAGCUAAAAACAAUCUCUCUGCCGUGUCUGCCAAAUGGUUUUCAAAGUUGAACAAACUGCUGACAUUGCGGCUCUACGAGAAUCAGCUCACCACCAUUCCUGAAGACAUUUUUCUGAAUUUGCCAAAUUUGAAGGAAAUUAGCUUGAAUGGAAACAAAAUUGCAGAAUUGUCACCAAAUGUAUUUCCACAUAAAGACAACCUAAUUAAGCUGCAAUUAGAUGAUAAUCUUCUGAUUAGUUUACCUGAAGAUUUAUUCAAUGACUUCAGGAAGCUUAAAAUACUGACACUGAAAAAUAAUAAACUGACUAAUCUGCCGCAUGUGCUUUUUGGAAAACUGCCCAAACUGACUGACUUAAGUUUCAGCCAAAACAACCUAAGCUCCCUUCCUAAAGGAAUAGUCAGCCCUCUGGAGAAACUCAAGAAGCUGGAUCUGUCAAAAAAUCAAUUUGCCACUUUGCUGUCUGAAUAUUUUGAAGGCGCUGAGAAGCUCACGGAGCUGAAUCUACUCAACAACAAGAUUGAUUCGCUGGAUGAAGAUGUGUUUGAAAAGCUACAAUCGCUGACAACGCUAAAACUAGCUCAUAACAACCUGCAGACACUUCCUGGAGAUAUUUUCAAGCCUUUGACCAAACUAAAGAAACUUUAUCUCAAUGACAACCCCUGGCGAUGUGACUGUAAUCUGAUUGAUCUGCACGACUGGAUGAAGCAAAACUCGGACAAGAUUUUAGAUUCUGUACUGUGUGAUUAUCCAACAGAUCUAAAAGGACAGGAGGUCAGAUCAUUGACAGAGGAUAAGUUUAUUUGCCUCACCACUGUUGUUCCUCUAACCACAACCAUCACAACAACUCCCUUGACUACAACAUCACUCCCAACAACUUAUCCAACGACCACCAUCCUUACCACUACAACACCUCUUCCUACAACACCAACCACUGUUUUGCCAACCAGCACUUCAUCCCUUAUAACCACAGCUGCAACCACCACAACGCCCACAACUACAGAAACAACGACCACCAUCCCAACUACAGCGACACCUAUGACUCCAACCACCACUACACAACCUACAACCACCACUACACCACCUACAACCACCACCUCAAUGACUACAACACCUCUUUCUACAGCACCAACCACCACUACACCACCUACAACCACCACAACGCUCACAACUACAGAAGCAACAACCACCAUGCCAACUACUACAACUCCUCUUCCUACAACACCAACCACCACUAAACCACCUACAACCACCACCGCAAUGACUACGACACACCGGACUACUGAACUAACAACCACCGCAAUGAUUACUACAACAACUCUUCCUACAACACCAACCAGCACCACACCUCCCACUACUGCACCUCCCUUUACCACAAAACCAACCACCGCCAUCCUUACUACUACCACAACACCAGCAACCACUUUGCCAGCUUCAACUACUACCACCCCUGUCUACACCACUACACUUGCCACAACUACAACAACAAUACCAACAACCACAAUAAUGUUAAUAACAACUGCAUCUACAACCAUAAUAUUAACAACAACAGUUGCACCAACUACAACUUUACCAACAACCACAUAUACCACCACAAUGACAACUGCAUCUGCAUCUACACUUGCCAUUACAAAGACUUUACUCUUUACCACAAUGAGUGUACCAACAACUUUGACAACAACUAGACCUACAAGAUCUAAAACCUCCACCACCAUUCCCAGUACUACCCAGCCAACCACAGGCCAAACAAUGACACCACCUCAACAAACCGGUCCGGUCUUUCCCUGUCUGAUGGAUCCAUCCACUCAGGAGCCAUCACCGUCCUUUACAAGUCCAUACAAGAACAAAAGUCAGCGGUGUAAAUCUCAGAUGAUGUUCUACACCACCCUGCUCGUGAUGGAGGUCAUCUUCACCCUGGUGCUUGCUAAGUUUACCCUGUCUCUGUUCCAUCUGCUGAAGAGCAGAGAGAGGAUGUACCACAGGGUCAAACUCACACACUUCUCCUACAGGAGGGAGGUCAUCCUCAGGCCACUGAAAGAGGCAGAGACUCACAGACAGAUGUUGAGGGGAGAAAUUGUUGUUCUUUUUCUGUCUUUACUGUUUGAGACUUCAUCAACUCAAAACAGUCAAAAGACGGAAGCUAUCCAAGUUUUUGGUCCAGAGACGAAGGAAAUCCCAAAGGUCCUGCAACCAGGUGUGACAAAGCUUUUCUUUGUGGAAAGUGAGAUCAAUACAAUACCCAAUGAAGCCUUUGUUGAACUCCCAUUUCUGACAAAGUUGGAGUUUAUGAACACCAACACGACUAUUAUUGGGCCGGAAGCUUUUGCAGGCUUGGUUAACCUCACGCACAUUAAGAUCUCCAACAAUCCACUUACAUCAAUCCCAACGGGAGUCUUUAAAGACCUCCGUAACUUAGUGACAAUUUCACUGGGAUUUAACAAACUGCGUCGUCUGGACAAAGGCUUAUUUGACGGCUUAAAAAAAACAGAGGAACUCAUGCUACAUGGGAACCAGAUCCAAACUAUUGAAGACGGGACUUUUGAUGAUCUUGAGGACCUUACACUCCUCCAUUUAGCUAAAAACAAUCUCUCUGCCGUGUCUGCCAAAUGGUUUUCAAAGUUGAACAAACUGCUGAUAUUGCGGCUCUACGAGAAUCAGCUCACCACCAUUCCUGAAGACAUUUUUCUGAAUUUGCCAAAUUUGAAGGAAAUUAGCUUGAAUGGAAACAAAAUUGCAGAAUUGUCACCAAAUUUAUUUCCACAUAAAGACAACCUAAUUAAGCUGCAAUUAGAUAAUAAUCUUCUGAUUAGUUUACCUGAAGAUUUAUUCAAUGACUUCAGGAAGCUUAAAAUACUGACACUGAAAAAUAAUAAACUGAUUCAUCUGCCGCCUGUGCUUUUUGGAAAACUGCCCAAACUGACUGACUUAAGUUUCAGCCAAAACAACCUAAGCUCCCUUCCUAAAGGAAUAGUCAGCCCUCUGGAGAAACUCAAGAAGCUGGAUCUGUCAAAAAAUCAAUUUGCCACUUUGCUGUCUGAAUAUUUUGAAGGCGCUGAGAAGCUCAUGGAGCUGAAUCUACUGAACAACAAGAUUGAUUUGCUGGAUGAAGAUGUGUUUGAAAAGCUACAAUCGUUGACAACGCUAAAACUAGCUCAUAACAACCUGCAGACACUUCCUGGAGAUAUUUUCAAGCCUUUGACCAAACUAAAGAAACUUUAUCUCAAUGACAACCCCUGGCGCUGUGACUGUAAUCUGAUUGAUCUGCACGACUGGAUGAAGCAAAACUCGGACAAGAUUUCAGAUUCUGUACUGUGUGAUUAUCCAACAGAUCUAAAAGGACAGGAGGUCAGAUCAUUGACAGAGGAUCAGUUUAUUUGCCUCACCACUGUUGUUCCUCUAACCACAACCAUCAGAACAACUCCCUUGACUACAACCACCACUACACCACCUACAACCACCACAACGCUCACAACUACAGAAACAACAACCACCAUGCCAACUACUACAACUCCUCUUCCUACAACACCAACCACCACUAAACCACCUACAACCACCUACAACCACCACCGCAAUGACUACGACACACCGGACUACUGAACUAACAACCACCUACAACAACUCUUCCUACAACACCAACCAGCACCACACCUCCCACUACUGCACCUCCCUUUACCACAAAACCAACCACCGCCAUCCUUACUACUACCACAACACCAGCAACCACUUUGCCAGCUUCAACUACAACCACCCCUGUCUACAGACCAAAAUUGUUUGUAGACAAUGUGCUCAAGCAAGUUGGUUUUUCGGUAUAAGAAUGUCUGAUUUUAAAUAUUUAUUGGCUGUCAGUUGUCACUGAAAAUAUGUAUUCCAUCUUUAGCAAAAAAGGGUUUUUUAAACAGGAUGCAUAUUCGGAAAGAUGACAUUUUUCUUCCUGAAAAUGUGUUUGUCUAGUUCUGACUGAAACCCUGUAAUUGAAGUAGAUGUACAGUAGGGGGAGAUAGAGAUCUUAGAAACUUCAUUUUAUUGCUUGUUCGCAGCCAAAUAUUGAGCUUUGAGACACCUUUCAGAUUUAGAGUUAUUAAACUCCUAAUGAACUGAAUCAGAUUCCUAGGCUUGUUUCUUCCGCACCUAGUUAAGUGCUACAAUAGGGGCCAGCGGCUCAGAUUAACAUGAAAAUAAAUAUGAAAAACUGCUGAGGUGAAUGGCCCCUUACUUAUUAAAAAAAUCUAUAAAGUUGUAACAAUUUUGGUUUGAAGACAAGAAUGAUUGGGUAACUUAUAUACAAUAAUUUGAUUUUCACAUUUUAAAUAAAUUGAUUAUCACUUCAUUUCACCGCUCCAUCUCUUCUCCUAAUGAUUCAUUAGUUUACUUUUUGCCUCUGCUGUUUUCCACACAUCUGCCAAAUAUGGUUAACAGUAAUUACAGUCAAGUACUUUCUUUUUUUGUU